AUGCCUUGUGUGGGGGUGCAGCACUUGCCGCUCGUAGACGACCUGCUGAUGUUGCUGGCAGACGCAGCGGCGGCUUCACCUAGUGACUGGGAGGACUUGACAACGUGGGAAGCGCAGACGCGAGAGGAGGAAACAGGAGAAGAGACACUACACAGUGUGGCCCUGCAGCUGAUGGCAGAUAUCGCCUCCAUGCUAUGCGGCUCUGCUCAAGAACCAGGGGCUGAUGGGGGCUACGCGGAAGCGGGGACCUCCUCGACCGGGUUGAAGUGCUUGGGCUCGAUGGUGGAGAACGAAGAGAAGUGGACGCAGCAGGUGCAGCAACAACACGGAGGACAGCUGCUAUCCCUUCUCUCUGAAAGGAGCGCCGAGGAUCCUUCUGUCCGCUGCCGUAGACAGGCCCUCUUGGCUCUCGCCUCCUUCCUCUCGGGGCUGGCACCUGAGGAGGGGGAGGAUCCGUCUCCCGAGACCCUCGCAUUCGCUUGCGGUUCUGCAUUCAUCCCUCAUUACCCGCCGUUCAUAUUGGCGCUGCGGAACCUCCUGGGUGGAGACGACCCUGCAGGGAAGCAGAAGGUGCAACAGCUGCUGGAGGAGCAUUCGGGUCGCUGCUUGCUGCAGGCGGCAGUCGAGUUUGCUGCUGACCUUGGAUCAGCCGUCGGCAAGGAUGUCUUGAGGCCGAUGGGCGUCGCCCAGGAGGUUGGAGGGGCUGCAGGGUCGUUGAAUGCGGGCGCGGAGCUGUCCGAGGAGGGAGGUGUAUCACAGUUCCGUGUUCAGGACAAAUCAGGCAAACAGACAAUCAUAUCGAUAAAUACAGCCGCCGUGGAGGAACGGCUGGCUGCACUGCGGCUGCUUGGGGCUCUUGCUUCGGCUGUAGGGGCCGCUGCUCCGGUUGCGUGGGCAAAAGAUUGGACUGCCGUUGCACUUGAUAGUUGCUCCUCUGAAUUUGCGAUCGUCCGCAGUGCGGCAUUUGAGGUGAGGAUGCCCCUUUCACGGCCGCUUAAACCCAUACAGUUUCUCCCCGGUCGACGCAGUCGAGUUUAG